CUAUAAAUAUGACCCCAUCCUAUACCUUAGCUUCCCAUCUCCUAAAUCCAAUUGUAUACCCUUGAUAGUUAUUCUUGCUUCAUAUACUUAAUUAGUAGCUCUUUAAAUUUGGGAAUUUGUCAUUUGAACAUGAAACUCACUUUUAAGCACCAACUUGGCCUUGUUUGUGUCAUAUUGCUCUUACCUUACCUAUGUAACUCACAAGACUCUUUUACUGACUCCAGAGCAACAUAUUAUGGUAGUCCUGAUUGCUAUGGGACUCCAAGGGGAGCUUGUGGCUUUGGAGAAUAUGGAAGGACAGUGAAUGAUGGCAGUGUAGCAGGUGUGUCUAAGCUAUGGAAGAAUGGUAGUGGCUGUGGUGCAUGCUAUCAGGUGAGGUGCAAAAUACCACAAUACUGUGAUGAAAAUGGAGCAACUGUGGUGGUAACCGACUAUGGUGAAGGAGACAGAACAGACUUUAUAAUGAGUUCUCGUGGUUACUCGAGAUUGGGGCGCAAUGCAGAUGCAUCUGCAGAGCUAUUCAAAUAUGGUGUAGUAGAUAUUGAAUACAAAAGAGUUCCAUGUAUGUAUAGUGGCUAUAACAUUGUGGCUCAAGUCGAUGAACGCAGCAAAAACCCUGAUUACUUUGCUGUUGUGGUUCUCUAUGUAAAUGGAAUGUAUGAUGUCAAUGCUGUUGAGAUGUGGCAGGAAGAUUGCCAAGAAUGGAGGCCUUUGAGGAGAGCCUAUGGAGUAGUGUUUGACUCAGCCAAUCCACCAAGUGGUGAAAUAUACUUGAGGUUCCAAGUGAGUGGAAUUAAUGCAGGUGUCUAUUGGGUGCAGUCCAAGAAUGCUAUUCCUAGUGAUUGGAAAGCUGGAGCAGCAUAUGACACUAUGGUUCAGCUUAAUUAGAAAGAAUUAACAAAAGCACUUUUGAGAUUCCAGAAGCAUAAUAUAGGAACCAGUAUCUGAUUAGUUUAUGAUUAAUGUCUGUCACUUUGUUUUGUGGUUUAAAUAAGGAUUCAUGUAUUUUCUAUAUGAGACUACAUGGAAUUUGAAUAAAAAGUACUAGUAUUACUCUUUCUCCU